AUUAUAUGCAGAUUGCCAUGCACUGUAAGACUUCCUGUGAUAAAGUCGCGCACAAAAACGGAACUGCCAUCGAGCGCUCUGCUGCAGAGACUCAGUAAGUUCAUUUGCAAGAUCAAGGUCACAGAGCCCUCCAAGAAAAGCUAUCAUCCAAGUUCUGUUUUUCACUAGUCUGGCGGACAGAAGGAAAGGGAUUAUGGCUCAACAGUUCACAACAGGUAUUGUUGACAAUUACAAUGGCAAUGUUUACGAUUAUUCCAAUAUAUUACUAUCAGACAACGGUACACACACUAAUGGGACAAGUAAUGACAUAACAGACACGGUUCCACUGGACAAACACAAACCGAUUCUCUCAGCCUUCAACAUAGUCAUCUUCCUGCUGGGGGUUUGUGGGAAUGGAGUUGUCAUCUGGAUCUCGGGUUUCAAGAUGAAAAGAUCCGUCAACACCACCUGGUACCUGAGCCUGGCCAUCUCCGACUUCAUAUUCUGCGCCAGCCUGCCCUUCACUGCCGUGCAGCUGGCCACGUCCGAUUGGCUGUUCGGCCUGGCCAUGUGCAAGUUCACCUCCUUCGUCAUGUUCCUCAACAUGUUCAGCAGCAUCUUCCUGCUGGUGCUGAUCAGCGUGGACCGCUGCGUGUCCGUGGUCUUCCCCGUCUGGUCGCAGAACCACCGGACCGCCCGGGCGGCGUCGGCGCUGGUGCUGCUCGCCUGGGUCACCUCGGCCGUCCUCAGCGUCCCCUCACUGAUUUUCCGCAAAAUAAAAUCGGUGACAAUAACGACGUGCUACAACGACUACAAGGGGAAAGAGCAGGUCCACCUGGCCGUCGCCGUGAGUCGGCUCGUCUGCGGGUUCGUAGUGCCUUUUCUAGUCAUCGCCGUCUGCUACGUCCUCAUCAUUCUGAAACUGAGAAGGAAUCGGAUGACCAAGUCCUCCAAACCGUUCAAGGUCAUGUCCGCCCUCAUCGUGACUUUCUUCAUCUGCUGGCUGCCCUACCACGUACUUAUCCUGCUAGAACUUGAGCACAAAAAAUAUGCCCCUGAAGUUUUCGAUACUGCGAUGCCGGUUUGUGUGCUUGUCGCCAGCGCAAACAGCUUCCUCAAUCCUCUUCUGUACGCGUUCAUGGGCAAAGACUUCAAGAAAGUUUACCGGAAUUGUCUUCUGUCCAAGAUCGACAACGCACUUAGCGACGAUGCACAUACCUUGUCUAAGAGGCAGUCCCUCACUCAGGAGAGUAAAGUCUCCACUCACGUUUGAGGUGAUGCGCUGACAAAAAUAAAGUGUGUUUAAGCAGCAUUAUGAUGGCAGUGCAAAGUUAAGCUAAAAUGGUACAUAAUUCUGUUACAAUAUUUCACAGUUGUGAUAUCUGGAGCGAGUCACUUGCUCAUCAAUAAAAAUGAAAAAAUAUGUUUGAUGUGCAGGCAAAAUCUUUGUAAAUUUAUUUUUAUAUUUGCUUGUUUGUUUUGCUGUUGUUGCUUCAUACAUUCAUUUUUGUUGUUAUUUUAAUAUUAAUAUGUGCUUGGAUAUAUAAAUAUAAAACUAUAAUACACUUGUAUCAGCCUGUUAUCAGCCAUUUUUCGCCACUGAAAUACUGCUUACCUAAUAAAUGAUGACCAGGUCACUGAUGUAAUGCAGUAUGCCCUGUAAAAGGCUACAGAUUAUAAAAUAUCAAUAAAAAGAAGCAUGAAAAAUU